CUUCUUAUCUCCCUUGCAUGCUAUUGGCAGGGGCAGACUGACCAUUUAGAAACUUGGGCACUGCCCGAGGGCCCUGGGUCAGUAAGGGGCCCCAUGAGAUGCCCCUGGUACCUUUUUCAUAGGUUUUUUUGAGUUUGGGCAAGGACACAGGGGCCCCAUGAUUCCCUAUUGCUCGGGGGCCCCAUGAGUUGUCAGUCCGCCCCUGCCAUCCGCCCCUGCCUACAGGUAAACAUUAUUAUACAGUAGGCUUAGCUU